UAUUGUCAGAGUGAUUAUUACCAACGAUAUCUAGUUUUUUUUUUUCUUUUUUCUGUUUUCUUUUUAUCACCCAUUUUUCUUCCAAUGGAAUCGUCUAUGGGUCAAAAGAAAACAUUGUACGCUUGUGUUUUUCUAAUGAUGGUGUUUUUUCUAGGGUUCAAUUGCGUCCAUGGACGAACCCUAAAAGACAUGAAAACUGAUGAUAAGAUUAAUGAUGGUCCUGAUGAUAGCAAGAUGAUGAUGAGGGCGGUGCUCAAUGAUCUCAAGGUCGAUGAGAAGGCAAUGCAGUUCUCGCCGCCGCCACCACCACCAUCGUCACAGUCUGGAGGUAAAGGGACAGAAGAUUUCAGGCCUACAAAGCCCGGCAAUAGCCCUGGCAUUGGCCAUAGUUUACCCCACACUUAA